AAAUUCACCUUCUUUUGCACAGUCAAAAGCAUUUCCCAAUCUAUCAUACAAUCAAAAUGGCUCGUACCAAGCAAACAGCCCGCAAAUCCACUGGUGGAAAAGCUCCAAGGAAGCAACUAGCUACCAAGGCUGCCAGAAAGUCAGCUCCGGCCACCGGAGGAGUGAAGAAGCCUCACCGUUUCAGGCCAGGAACUGUGGCCCUGAGAGAAAUCAGGAAGUACCAGAAGUCCACCGAGCUGUUGAUCAGGAAGCUGCCAUUUCAGAGGCUAGUGAGGGAAAUCGCUCAGGAUUUCAAGACAGAUCUGAGAUUUCAGAGCAGUGCUGUGGCUGCGCUACAAGAGGCUGCUGAAGCUUACCUCGUUGGGCUCUUUGAAGAUACCAAUCUCUGUGCAAUCCACGCAAAGAGGGUUACCAUCAUGCCCAAGGAUAUUCAGCUUGCUAGGAGGAUUCGAGGAGAAAGGGCUUAGGAACCUUCUUUUAUGUUUAUCAUUCAUUUGUGUUCUGUUUUAGGGCUUUGCUUGCUUCUUCUGUUAAAUGUUUGUGUAGAUCAAAUUAUAUAAACCUCUGGUUUAGUACUAUUUUGAGAUCUGAUUAAUGAAAUCUGUAGUUCAUUUUAUCACAAUUAAAGGUGCUGCUCAUGCUAUGAUUUGGAGUUUA